CAGUGGGCGGCGACUCAUUACAGCAAUGAUGUCCUGCCGUACCUGCGGAGUAGUUGAUGGCAAACACUGGGCUUACAUGAUAGCCUGGUUCAUUAGUAAUUUUCUUAUUUUUUGUUUGCAAGCGUUACAACAGUUUUUUUUUUUUGGACUUUGUUUACUCCACUACCAUUACAUCCUCAUCAAGGUGGUACGGCAAAGUAAACAUACGCUCACCUUUCGUCUUCACUCACGUUACCCAUCAUUAGCUCAUCAUUAGCAUCGUCGUGUAGUUACGUUUUCAUUUUGAAACAAAAACGUCAUCGCACUGUCAAUCAAGCGACAUCCUGGCUGGUGUACAUCACCCGCCACUAGAAGAAUUCCAGUAGCGUACAGCUACUGCCCUUACCUACCGCUUCCGUUCAGGCCCAAUUCCCAGCUCACAAUGGCGAUCGGGCGUUAGAGCAAAACCUGUAACCACACGCUGUAGUUACCAUCCCUGCAAGCUGGUCUCCCGAUUUUUUGUUUAAACAUGGCGGCUAGUUGGCGUAGGCGUAGGCAGUCGACAGACAGAUAAUGGUUCCCAGGGUGUGAACAGUAUAGCUGUGGGAAGUAUCUUCCUGAACGAAGCAAAUGCAAACCAACAAAAAACCUGUGUGCUCCAACAUGACAUUGUUGAAUAAAAAAGUUUUACCCUAAAGUAACCAGCAGGUCCUAGCGUGUUCUUCCUACUCUCCGUAUCCGUAACCUCUCCGUAGCUAGCAAGGCUUGAUGUUGGCUGCUCCCAAAACGGGGAUUUAUCUGCACAACACACACACACACAUGCAAAUACACAUACACACAUGUACAGAACGGCACAAUUCUGGGUGUGCAGCAAAGGUGUGCUACCGAGUGGAUAGACACGCAACACGCAUUCUAUUGCGCAGGUCUGACCUCUCGCAGAAAGGAAGGCGCCCCCUGUCAGCAAGCAACCACACUGGCAACAAGCAAAGCCCCAACUUUUUGGCACCCAGUACCUAGCAAAACACCAGUGCGUGCAAAUUAUGUUUACCUACCGUACCCAGGACGGUUAGGCAGCCAGGACGGACGAGCAAAUCUGCGUACAACGGUUCUACUGGUGCCAUCAGCCUUCAGCGGACUACUGGUGCAAAGACGGUUCCGCCAACAAUCAACAGCUACAAUAACUGUUCCGCUAUGAACGUCAACAGCAGUGGCGGAGGUAGCAAAAACCAAUCCACCAGCGUCGGCAACCAUCACACCUUCAAUACCAGUAGUAUUCUCAGCAGCAACGCCAACAAUCAACAUUACGCCAACAGCAACAAUGGGCAGCAGCAGCAGCAGCAGCAAACGCUCCGUAUCAGCCGCAGCAGUACCCGCAAGAAGCCUUUUCACUUCAUCUCCAACAUGUGGAAGAUGAAGAAAAUCAUCAAGUUUGAGGAUAUUAUGUUCCAUCGCGAGAUGAACUGUCGCGCUAGAUCGGAGCCUUCAGUCUCUACCUACAACUGUACCAGCAGCAAGGGCUGCCAGCGGAAAUCGUCACCCUCGUUCUCGAUGCUGAGCCUGUCGCCGGGCAAGUUCCAAAAGUCUGACGAGCCGGAAGUGACGCGCCUUCGGUUAUCGCGGAACGAUAACCCAUUCGUGCAGAAGGUCCUAGCCAGCCGGGACAAUGUGACCGACGUUAUCGACGACACCGAGUCUGAUGACGCUAUACUGAUACUCAUGUCUGACGAGUUUAAUGGCGAAACCGAAACCGAUCCACUAGCGUUGCCGCAGGUGCACGAACACAUGAUACGGUCCCCACCGCCGACAUUUUGGCCCCGUUCGCAAAAGACUGUGUUUAACUUUGGCGGUGAAGAUCGUACACCAAUCGGACCGGAUAGCAUUCCCGGGGGUUCGAAACAUCAGCGGGCGAAACAGUGCAACUACUAAAAGCAGGCGUCCGGUAUAGGUGCUAUUUCUGCGGUACUACCAGAGAGUAAGGGAGACAAUUUAAACAGUGACAGAUUGGAGGGUACCUUACGCAACUCUGCAUAGAAAAAAAAACCACAAAUGCAAUUACUGGACGGGAUGGAAACACACACAAACAAACAAAAAACAUGGCGGAACGUACACAAAACGCUCUUAUAUUUUAGCUAACUAGUUGAGCAUCCAGUUUAAGAAGAACGGUAAACUAUUAACAAUUUUUUCUUUCCUACAACUUGUUACAUCGUUUAUUAGUCAAUAUAUACAUAUAAGUGAUUUGUUUAAGCAAACCUUUAUCUCUUCUCUUGAAGCGUGUACAGCUCUUUGGUUAAUCAAUCAUCAGUUAAAAACUCGUUCCCCCCGUGGCAUAACUUUGCCGUUGAUAUGUGUUAGUAUAUCUUACAUACAUUCCAUAUUUCUUACUCAGGUUUUACCAUUCUUAUUACAGCAUUUGUACAUCGUUGUGUCAAAGUACUUAUGGGUGGUAGUAAAUUUUCCCUGAUGUCCCCCGUCAAAUGAAAGCAGAUUUAACAUUUUUGACUAAGAGUUUGGUCUAAUGAUGUUGAUCAGCAGCGUGGAUGUUCUGGAACUUUAACUACCUUUGGGCGAUAUGGUCUGUAAAUUCCAUAUACCUUUGUCGAUAAAUUUAACAAACGUUAAAUCAAAUACAAUUUGAAUAAAAGCUGCUGGCAAAACUACAAUUUGAAUUGAGCUUGGUCGGCCACGUUUCAAAAUGUCAAAGUCCGCACAUGUUGCUGGCAACACCAAUUAGACCAAGCCCCAGCUAGAAUUGUAAAGUUUGUGUCUAUUGUUGAGGAAAUGGUACGCUACAGUAUUUCAAUUCCAACGUCAUAGUUACACUCCUUUUUAAAGAUAACAGAUUACUAAUGUGACGGUUUUUCCAUGAAAAUUAGUGCAAUACGUUUGCAUCAUGGUUGGAUUUGGGUUGGGUUGAGCAAGCCGUACUUAGUGAUAGUACUUAAAUGAACGUUAUUUUUAUACAUACUUUUACGAAGAAACCGGAACAUAAUAAAACUAGUCCUUAAUGUUGUUCUGAGGAUUUCUUCACA